CCUGACAACAAGCUAUCGGAUGUGAGCCUCUGAUGAUAUGGGCACUGCGCUGGCAUUUAAAUUCUUCGGAUAACCCAGACUCAAAUGAGCAAAGCCUUACAAACAUUUCAUUGUCAUUAUACGUAUACUUAAUCGUCUUUCUGCAUUCUCACUAUGCCGAGCAAUAAGCUUGAGAAACCUGACAAGCAGGAGGUCAAUGACAACGUGAAGGUGGUGGUGAGAUGUCGUCCCCUCAACCAGAAAGAGAAGAUGAUGGGCCACAAACAGGCCGUCGUUGUGGACGAGAUCCGUGGGACCAUAACAGUUAACAAACUGGAAACUCCACAUGAGCCUCCCAAGACAUUCACAUUUGACACUGUGUUUGGACCAGACAGCAAACAGCUGGAUGUCUACAACCUCACUGCCCGCCCCAUCAUUGACUCAGUAUUAGAGGGAUACAAUGGCACCAUUUUUGCAUAUGGGCAAACUGGCACAGGAAAAACAUUCACCAUGGAGGGUGUGAGAACAGUGCCAGAACUCAGAGGGAUAAUCCCAAACUCCUUUGCUCAUAUUUUUGGCCACAUUGCCAAGGCAGAGGGUGACACAAGGUUUUUGGUUCGUGUUUCGUACCUGGAGAUUUACAAUGAGGAAGUGCGAGACUUGUUGGGCAAGGACCAGAUGCAGAGGCUGGAGGUGAAAGAAAGACCAGAUGUUGGCGUGUAUAUCAAAGACCUCUCCGGUUACGUCGUGAACAAUGCUGACGACAUGGACCGGAUUAUGACGCUGGGACACAAAAACCGGUCUGUCGGUGCCACAAACAUGAAUGAACACAGCUCCCGUUCCCAUGCCAUCUUCACAAUCACCAUCGAGUGCAGCGAGAAGGGUGUGGAUGGAAACCAGCAUGUGCGCAUGGGAAAACUUCAUCUGGUCGAUCUUGCAGGCUCGGAGAGACAGGGCAAGACUGGAGCUACAGGUCAGCGUUUAAAGGAAGCAACAAAGAUCAAUCUGUCUCUCUCCACACUGGGUAACGUCAUCUCUGCCCUGGUGGACGGCAAGAGCACACACGUGCCCUACAGGAACUCUAAGCUGACGCGUCUGCUGCAGGAUUCACUCGGAGGAAACUCCAAGACCAUGAUGUGUGCAAAUAUAGGCCCUGCAGACUAUAACUAUGAUGAGACCAUCAGUACCCUGCGCUAUGCUAACAGGGCUAAAAACAUCAAGAACAAAGCCAGGAUCAACGAAGAUCCUAAGGAUGCCCUUUUGCGCCAGUUUCAGAAAGAGAUUGAGGAGCUAAAGAAGAAACUGGUGGAAGGUGAAGAAAUCUCUGGCUCAGAGGGCAGUGGGUCAGAAGAGAUGGAUGAAGCUGAUGAUGAAGGAGGGGAGGCAGGAGAAGGCCGCAGGAGAAGAAGAGACAGCAGCAGCAGCAGCAGCAGCAGCAAUAGCUCAGAAUUUGCCUGUUCCUCCUCAGUCCCUCCGCCCACUGAGGAUAAACCUCAGAAUAAAGAAAGAGGGAGGAAGAAGGUUUCCCCGGACAAGAUGGUGGAGAUGCAGGCAAAGAUUGAAGAGGAAAGAAAGGCCUUGGAGGCCAAGCUGGACAUGGAGGAGGAGGAGAGGAACAAGGCCAGAGCAGAGCUGGAGAAGAGGGAGAAGGACCUUCUUAAAGCUCAACAGGAGCAUCACCUCCUUCUGGAGAAAUUGUCAGCCUUAGAGAAGAAGGUGAUUGUGGGUGGGGUGGACCUCUUGGCCAAGGCUGAGGAGCAGGAGAAGCUCUUGCAGGAGUCCAACAACGAACUAGAAGAACGUCGCAGGAGAGCGGAGCAGCUGCGUAAAGAGCUGGAGGAGAAAGAGCAAGAACGUCUGGACAUAGAAGAGAAGUACACUAGUCUGCAGGAGGAGGCUCAAGGAAAGACCAAGAAGCUGAAGAAAGUAUGGACCAUGCUGAUGGCUGCCAAAUCAGAGAUGGCAGAUCUGCAGCAAGAACAUCACAGAGAGAUUGAGGGACUCCUGGAAAACAUUCGCCAGCUGAGUCGCGAGCUGCGGCUUCAGAUGCUCAUUAUAGACAACUUUAUUCCCCAGGAAUACCAGGAGAUGAUAGAGAAUUACGUGCACUGGAAUGAGGACAUUGGAGAAUGGCAGCUGAAAUGUGUGGCAUACACUGGCAACAAUAUGAGAAAACAGACCCCUGCUCCAGACAAAAAAGAAAAAGAUCCUUUUGAGGUGGAUCUGUCCCAUGUGUAUCUGGCCUACACAGAGGAGAGCAUGCGGCAGUCUCUGAUGAAACUAGAGAGACCCCGAACCUCUAAAAGUGGCAAGAGCGGUCGACCCAAGACGGGGCGAAGGAAAAGAUCUGCAAAGCCAGACGCUGUGAUCGAAUCCCUCCUGCAGUGAAGACAGCACAGAGGAGAGCUUGCUGUCACUGCAACUUACAUGUUACUUUAGGAAAGAGGUCAUUAGGCGAGAAUUUAUCGUUAAACAUUAUUUAAAAGAUUAUCUGAAUACACUGUAUAACUGGUAACGUUUUAAAUGUGAAUGAGCUGCACCUAUGACAGGAUCAAGACCUCUUGUCCACGGGGACCUGUUAUUUGUAAUAUAGUGACAGACCUCUCUGUGAGUGUCGAACAUUUUCAUGUCGCUCGGGAACGCGUUUCAGCGGCAGCAGCUUCUGUUUAAAUUAAGCUCUUUUACCUCUAACAUUAAGGAGGAACUCACCAUAAACACAUUUCACUUGCAACAUCACUGGUUUUGAAAAUGACCAACAAUCUGAAAGAAGAUGUUGAAAACAGAAUUGUGGACAUGAACUAUAAAGUGCAUUCGUUUCCUCUGAAACUUGUUGAGUGUAUUUUAACACACUAAGUGUUUUGUGAUUUCUGUAUGACUGAUUUCCUGUGAGACACUGAGUCUGAUUAAAGGGUCCGUGCUGAUAUGAAUACACUAUAAUUGAAUUCUAAUUGAAAUUAAAGCCAGUGAUUCUGCUCUGAGCACAAGCUGUAACCCUUAGUGCUUCUUCAUGUAUGAAACUGAAAAGUGCAUUUCAUAAUUUUUGCUGUAGGUCAGACACAUAGGGGCGUGCAUGCCAGCCGGCUUUUAUGUUAGUGCCAUUUGCUAAUCUGAGCAAGUUGUCUUUUUAUUCAAAUGUGAGAUCCCUUUGUGUUAUGUGGAAAUACACUAUACAUACUGUAUGCCUUAGUCUGAUGCACUAGUGUGAGGUUUUUGUGGAGAGAAUUUGAUUUCAUGAUCUGUAGUGGAGGCAAACUGACUUUUAUUUUGUAUCAUAAUGUAUGUCAAAUGUUUACGUCCACCAAACCCCCUGGAUAUUUUAUUUA